CACGCACGGCACGAGCCAAUGGCGAUCUUUCGACAACGCCUGCCGAUUGGUCACGGCUUUUCGAAAUCGCCAAUCGCCGUCAAACGAGACGUUUGUUCCGAACACAAACACCGGACUUCUGGAUUUUUUACGGAGCUGCUCCAUUCUCCAGCUGGACACGCACAGCGUGGAACGCGCACGGAGAAAACGUAGUCGAUCAAGUUUUUUUUUUUUUUUAUGGAAUUAUGAAUUUUCAGUUGCGCAAGAGAUACAUGCAUGUCGGAUUUGUCAAGUGUUUGUAAACAACUUAAUCAUGUUCUCCAAGUACCUGUGGCUGUCGCUGCUGUUUGGAAUUAUUUCUUUUCUGUAUUCGCGCGAUUUUCUAACAACAAUCGUAAAGUAUAUAUAUACGGAUGAAACGUUGACAGAUAGAUUUGAUACGAGAUAUUUUGGAUUGAAUAAAGAUUCCAAUGCGGACAAAAUAUAUACCGUAAGUGAAUUAAAACAAUAUAGAAAUAUGAAGGACGGUUUGUACCUUGCGAUUUUAGGCCGAGUUUUUGACGUGACAAAAGGCGAAAAACAUUACGGGCCUGAAGGAAGCUACCACGCAUUUACUGGUCGUGACGCUUCCUUAGCGUUUAUCACCGGAGAGUUUGAUGACAAAGGUUUGACAGAUGACAUAUCGAGUUUGUCCGCAAGACAAGUUAAGUCACUGGACGAUUGGCUGCAGUUUUAUAACAAAAAUUAUAUUUACAAAGGAAAAUUAUAUGGUAGAUACUAUGACAGAGAUGGCAGUCCAACCUCAGAAAUCGAGAAAAUUCAAGAAAAGUUGCAACUUGCAAUAAAAGAGAAAUCAUUGGAAGAAGAACAGAAAAGAAUGUUCCCACCCUGUAACGUAGAAUGGAAACCAGGCAGUGGUACAGUAUUCUGGUGUACCAAAAGAAGCGGUGGCCUUGAAAGAGAUUGGAUAGGAACGCCGAGGAUGCUGUUCGAGACUACGAGCGCACAAGGUGCAUCUAGAUGUGCUUGCGUUAAAUUAGAUAGUAAAGAAUAUGAAGAGAACAAAGCUCGAUUGAGACAGUAUGAUGGCUGUGCAAAAUCUGCCACAAGAUGUGUUGUACAAAUGACUAAUAAUCCAUGACAAGGAAAAGUAUUCAAUACUUAUCCAUGAUACGAAAAAUUAUUUAGUACUAUUUUUCUAAAUGUGAAUCUUACUAUCGCAUUAACAGAUGCAUAUGUAAAAAUAUCAAGGAUAUUGAUUUUAUAUAGGUUUUCAAAUGUUGCUGCAAUUUUAUAUUCAUUAUAUUAAAUAUAGUGAAAGUACAAAUUAUGAAAGUACAAAUACGAAUUGUUUAUAUAAAAUUAAUUACAUAUACACAUACAUUAUAAAAUAAAUAAUACAAAUUUCCAAGCUUUACAUCGUUGUGUCUUAAUGAUUUAUAUUCGAGAACUAACAGCACGUAUUGUGUGGGUAUCUAGAAAUCCAAAGUGUUCCUACAACUUCAGUUCAUUAAUCUGUUUUUGUUUUGCUCUUAGGACUUUUUUUUUUAACUUUAGCAUAUCUCUUUUUUAACAUAUGUGUAUAAAAUU